AUGGAGGCCGCGGGGGUGCCGGCGCCUAGCCUGGUGUGUGGAGGAACCGGCGGCAGUGGCAGCAGCGGAGAAGCCGGGGGCAGCGGCGGGGGUGGCAGCGGCAGCGGUGGAAGCGGCGCCAGCAGUAAUGGCGACAGCAGCGGUGGAACUGGCGGCAGCGGCAGCAGCGGAGGAGCUGGCGGCGGCGGUAGCGGCGUAAGCGGCAGCGGCAGGGGAAGUGGCACCAGUGGUAGCAGCGGCCUGAGCAGCAGCAGCGGGGGAACCAGCAGCGCUUCUCAUUUCUCUGCAUCCCUUCACAGUGAAGCUGCUCCAAAGAGUUGUCCACACCUACGGAAGUUCUUCUAA